AUGCGGUACCAGGACGGCUACUUCACACUUUGGUCCUGUGGAAGAGAAAAACUGGAAGAGUUUCUGAAGCUUGUAAAUCAGAUUGAUGAAACAGUUACAUUCACGAUGGAAGUAGAGGAAAGUGAGCGGUUACCGUUCUUGGACGUUGAAGUGAUUUGCUCUAAUGGGAUGCUCAAACAGAAAUUGUUCAGAAAGAAGUCCUCUGUUGGGAUAAUACUCAAUUUCCGAUCCCAUCACAAUUACGGGCUGAAGAUGGGAAUAAUGAGGAGCAUGAUCAUCCGAAGCCUACGCCUAGCGGAUGUAGAAUUUUGGGACGAGAAGCUGGACAAAUCGACGAGGAUAUUGCUCGGCAAUGGCUACCCAAUCGAAGUGAUUCAUAGAAGCAUACCGGCCGUGAAAAUCCGAUGGCAGGACGGGGACUAUGAGAGAACAGUAAGGACGAUGAAGGAUUCACAAAAGUGGAUAUGCCUACUUUCCUGCGAAUAUAACACUAUGGCAGAGGACUUCGGACAAGGUGCGUUCUACUAA